UCCACUGAAGCCUCAAACGCGAACAAAGUAGCGUCGAAAGGGCUGGAAGACGUUGUUUGGCUGGAUCAAAAAAAUAAUGAAUCUCUCAACGAAACCGAAGCUGGGUGGCGUGGGUAUAUCACGUUAAUAACGUUCAUAUGUGAGUAUAUUAACGCGUUGUAACGCCUCGCUGGUUUCGGCUGAAAUGUUUGCAAGUUAACCAGCCAAGCACAGCUACAAAUUGAAUGGUGCGUGUAGUGCAGUGUUGGCUAGUUAGCCCAUGCUAACAAAAGUUAGAAGCCCCGGUAAGGUAGUCGCUCGCAGUUUGGAUAUCACUAUUAGCUUAAAUGUAGACCCGAUAAACGACAACAACGGUGUAUUUAGUAAGGACCCAAUGCGGAUCAUCAGUCCCUACCCUACCUGAGGGUCGGUGUUGUCAGCGUGACCUGUUGAAGUUGGUGUCUCUUUGGGGGACCAAAUGCAGACCCCUCCUCAGAUCCUCAGUCUGAGUGCCUGUGGCUGGGUCAGCAGCUUCUGUCGCUUUCAAGAGAUUGAGACCAGCGAGGCGCCCGGCGAGAAAAUGUCCGUCAGUGUUCACGAGAACCGCAAGUCACGGACCAGCACCGGCUCCAUGAACAUCUCGCUCUUCCACAAGCCCUCGCACCCGGACAGCGUGCUGACGCACCUCAACACGCUGCGCAAGCAGUGCAUGUUCACGGACGUGACGCUGUGGGCGGGCGAGCGCUCCUUCCCCUGCCACCGGGCCGUGCUGGCCGCCUGCAGCCGCUAUUUCGAGGCCAUGUUCAGCGGCGGGCUGCGCGAGAGCGUGGACAGCGAGGUCAACUUCCACGACAGCGUGCACCCCGAGGUGCUGGAGCUGCUGCUGGACUUUGCCUACUCGUCGCGGGUCAUCAUCAACGAGGAGAACGCAGAGUCGCUGCUGGAAGCCGGCGACAUGCUGCAGUUCCACGACAUCAGGGACGCGGCCGCCGAGUUCCUGGAGAAGAACCUGCACUCGUCCAACUGCCUGGGCAUGAUGCUGCUGUCGGACGCCCACCAGUGCAAGCGGCUCUACGAGCUAUCCUGGAGGAUGUGCCUCGUCCACUUUGAGACGGUGCGGGACACCGAGGACUUCUACGGCCUCUCCAGAGACAAGCUGCUGGACCUGAUCCUCAGCGACGAGCUGGAGAUCGAAGACGAGCAGAUCGUGUUCAACGCCGUGAUGCGGUGGGUGCGGUACGAUCUGGAGAGUCGGCGGGACUACCUGCCGGAGCUGCUGAGAGGGAUCCGGCUGGCGCUGCUGCCCUCCGAAUGCCUCAUCGAGGCAGUGGCGUGCGAGGAGCUGGUCAUGUCGGACAAGAGGAGCCGGCAGAUCGUGGACGAGGCCAUGCAAUGCAAGAAGAAGAUCUUGCAGAACGACGGCGUGGUGACCAGCCCUUGCGCCAGACCCAGGAAGGCCGGGCACACACUUUUGAUUCUCGGGGGCCAGACGUUCAUGUGCGACAAAAUCUACCAGGUGGACCACAAGGCUAAGGAGAUCAUCCCCAAGUCUGACCUGCCGAGUCCCAGGAAAGAGUUCAGUGCCUGCGCCAUCGGCUGCAAGGUGUACGUCACGGGAGGCAGGGGUUCAGAGAACGGCGUGUCUAAGGACGUAUGGAUCUACGACACUGUUCAUGAGGAGUGGUCUAAGGGAGCUCCCAUGCUGAUUGCUCGUUUUGGCCACGGCUCUGCAGAGUUGGAGAACUGCCUGUAUGUAGUGGGGGGUCACACGGCCAUCGCUGGCGUCUUUCCUGCCUCCCCCUCCGUUUCGCUGAAGCAAGUAGAGCGGUACGACCCGCUCACCAACAAAUGGACCAUGAUGGCGCCGCUCCGGGACGGUGUCAGCAACGCUGCUGUGGUCAGCGCCAAGAUCAAACUGUUUGUCUUUGGCGGCACCACCAUCCACCGGGACAAGGCGUCCAAGGUGCAGUGCUACGACCCGGUGGAGAACCGCUGGUCGAUCGCGGCCGAGUGCCCGCAGCCCUGGCGCUACACGGCGGCGGCCGUCCUGGGCAGCCAGAUCUUCAUCAUGGGCGGAGACACAGAGUUCACCGCCGCCUCCGCCUACCGCUUUGACUGUGAGGCCAACCAGUGGACGCGGGUCGGGGACAUGACCUCCAAGCGAAUGAGCUGCCACGCGGUGGCGUCGGGGAACAAACUCUACGUAGUCGGCGGCUACUUUGGCACCCAGCGCUGUAAAACCUUGGACUGUUAUGAUCCGAUGUCGGACAGCUGGAACAGUAUAACGACAGUGCCUUAUUCGUUAAUUCCGACUGCUUUCGUGAGCACGUGGAAACAUCUUCCUGCCUAGUGGUCCUUAUCGGGGGAGUGGAUUCUAACUGGGCAUCCCACAUACAUGACUGUGGAAGACACGUGGACCAUCCUCCUCGUCAGUCCCUGCUGCCAACUGUGUUUGUGUGAGUGAGCGUCUAUGCACGGAUGGCGACACCUGGGCCAGAUUUCUCUACAGGCUGCUCAAGCUGAAACCUUAAGAAGGGGAGAAGGAAGAUACAAUAACGACAACAAGCACUCGGCCUCCUUCCGAAGAGAGGGGAGGGGUCUCUCACCUCAUUACUCUUCACACCUCCAAGACUCCUCCAGAGGCACCACAACACAACACAACACACCCCCACCAUCUCCGCAAGAGCACAAAACCUUCAGAGCAGUAGCCUGGGGCUGCAGAGGCUUCCAAAAAAAGUUCUUGGAGGUGUCACUGUGAGGGAAUGCCUGUCAGGUGACAUCAAGUCAACCGCUUAACCACACACACACACACACACACACACACACACACACACACACACACACACACACACACACACACACACUUCCUCUCCCAUUUCUACUGUCUCUGUUACCAUUCUCUGUUGCUGUGGUCACCAGAAGCCUGUCUUAUUUUGCACAUGAAGCAGAUGUUUUUUUUGUUUAGUUUUUAAACCUUUUUGGGGUUCAGUAUCAUUCCUGAAGUGGGGUUAUGGGACUGAUUCAGAGAGUUACUGGCAACUGUUGGGCAUCUCUUUGAACCAAGCCAACAGUGCUCAGGAUCCUUGGCAAAACACGAGCACACUGACAUUACAAGAUGACUCAUUGUUUUUUUUUAAAUAUGACUUAAUAAGCUGUUUUAUGAAAUACUCAUCAAUACAAUGUUGGAACUACAGGUUUACAAUUUUAAGAAGAGAACUUGUACAUUCAUGAACCGAACUUCCUGCUAUUUAUUUUGCUACUUGUGGAAAAAGAAAACAAUUCCUGGAGAUACCUCCAAUGUCAUGGCACAAUGAACUGAUCUUUAUUGUCAAUAGCUAAGUGAAGUAAUGGGGGGGGAAAGUUAACAAUUGCAUUGCAGUUAAUAUAUGUGUUCUAGUCAUUUACAAUUGCACUUGCCACUGUACGUUUCAUACUGACUCGUGAGGAAUUUCGGGCUUUGUUAUUCAAGCAUUGUUUUAUUCUGGAAAUAGGGUGACUUUAUCGGAGGACAUGUGAAGAGUGACAUUUCGUGGAAUUGGAAAAAGAGGGAGCACGUUUUUUGCCUUCUUGAAAGUCUUACAGACUUUGUUUUUAUAGGACAAGUUUUUUUGGAAGUGUUUAGAUGUCACAUCCUCUUCAGGAAGAUGACUCGGCUCCAUAAGCCUUCUCCAGGUCGGAGGCAAGUGGCAUCCCGUGGAUUAAGAGAAACGAAUCCCGCAGGACUGCCUGAGAACUGUUCUUUUUUUCCUGGUGCCUCUUGACUGGUAGAAGUGUUUUUGUGGCUGAUUGAGUCUGUGGAAAGGGUUUGAAUAAAUGGCUUUCUGACAUGUUA